AUGACUACUACAUCUAUUACUUAUGCUUUUUAUAACGAUUACGAUUUACUCACCCUUUAUGCUUGGAAAUGUUGCCUCGAAACAUGGGUUGUGCAUAAUCAGCCCAAUGCUGGAGGAAAUGACGGAUCCCGUGCAUUGGAGACGUUUCAGAGGAAUCACCCGCCUACUUUCAAGGGUCAGCAUGAUCCUGAUGGAGCGCAGAUUUGGCUCAAGGAGGAUGUGCGCGGGAGGAAGGAGAUCGAGUUCCUAGAGUUGAAGCAAUGGAAUUCAACUGUGACUGAGUAUGCUUCGAAGUUUGUGGAACUGGCUAAGUAUUAUCCACAUUACAAUAGAGCAACUGAUGAGUUCUCAAAGAGCAUCAAGUUCGAGAAUGGUUUGAAUAUGGAGAUCAAACAGGCAGAUGGGUAUCAACAUAUACGUAGAUUUGAAGAGUUGAAGAAUAACUGUAGAAUCUACAAAGAGGAUAACAAAGCUCAUUCGGUUCACUGCAAGAGUCUGAGUGAGAAAAGAGGAAAACAAAAUCUGGAUUGUAGGAAGCCUUACGAUGCUGAUAAAGGGAAGCAGAAGGCGUUUGAUGGGAAAAGAAUAAGUGGGGGAGGAGAUCCCACUCCUAUCAAGUGCUACCGAUGUGGUGAACAAGGUCACUGUUCCACUGAAUGUGAGAAUAAGGUGCUAAGGUGCUACAAGUGUGGCAAGACUGGUCAUCAUGCUCCUGAAUGCAAGAAUGAUGGUCCGACUUAUUUCCAUUAUGGUGAACAAGGUCAUAACAAUACCCAGUGUCAGAAGCCAAAGAAGGAGGUUACUGCUCAGACCAACAGUAUAAAGUUUGCUUUAAGUGGGACAGAGGAUUCCAAGAAGGACAACUUGAUUCGAGGUACUUGCUUUAUCAAUGAUGUUGAGAUAGUUGCUAUUAUUGAUACUGGUUCUACUCAUUCGUUUAUUUCGCUUGAAUGUGAUACUAAGUUGGAAUUGAAGUUGUCUGAUAUGAAUGGUAGUAUGAUAAUAGAUAUUCCUGCAAGUGGUUCUGUUACUACUACUUAUGUUUGUCGGAAGUGUCCAUUGACUAUCUUCGAUAAACGUUUUGUGAUGGAUUUGAUGUGUCUACCCUUACACCAAAUCGAUGUGAUCCUUGGAAUUAACUGGUUGGAAUUCAAAUAUGUUCAUAUCAACUGUUAUGCUAAGACAUUGAGAUUCCCGAAGUUUGGGGAUAAUGGAGAAUUGAUUUUGUUAUCAGCCAAGGAAGUGAAUGAACUUUUGGGAGAUGAAGCUUUGAUGUUUGCGUCAUUGCAAGUUGAUCGUGAAGCUGCGAGUCUAAAUAUACCUGUUGUCUGUGAAUUUCUAGAGGUGUUUCCUGAUGAUAUAAGUGAUUUACCUCCAGAGCGUGAAGUAGAAUUUUCUAUAGACUUGGUUCCAGGAACAAGUCCAGUUUCGAUGGCUCCUUAUAGAAUGACGACGUCAGAAUUAAAUGAAUUGAAGAAGCAAUUGGAAGAGAUGUUCGAGAAGAAGUUUAUUCGACUGAGUAUUCUACUAAUUAAUAUUUCUGCUAAUGUCUCUGAUUAUGUGGAAUAUCUGAUGCUAUCCGAAAUCGUGGCUUUUAUGGACAGGGCUGUUGGAUCAGGUCAAGAUUCAACAGAUGUAGAAUAUUCUGGGAAUAUUACACAGGUCCAUGUGGCGCUGAUUGAUAGUACUAAUGAUUAUGUUUAUAUUGCCGUUGUUGUUUAUUCGGAUUCAGAUGUCUCGACAUGUCAUAGGACAUCUGAAGUCUGA